AAAAAAGAAAAAAAUCUUGUGAUGCUUAAAAAACCUAAGCAUUUCAUAUUUUGAGAACAAAGUUUUAGAUCCACCGCCAUCGGAAGACUUUUCGACGAAUUCAACUCAUCCGACUCAGGCAUAGAUCUGUCGUAGAGGGCGACAGUAAAUGCAUCAAUGCAUCAAGGGUCUAACGGAAACAAUCUCUCUGUUUUUUCCAGAGGUAAGGCGUCCCAUUGAAGAAAUAUUAAGACUGCUGCCAGGGCCUCAUUCAGACAGCAAGAGGAGUGGGUAUGCAAGCAAUCCGUCCUUUGACAGUCUGCCAGGGUCCAUAGACUACUCUGACAAAAUAGGUGAUGGAAGGCGGUCAUUGGUGCUUGUUGUUUUUAUUGGUGGGGUGACCUUUGCGGAGAUCAAUGCUCUUUGGUUCCUGAGUUCCCAGGAGGGGAUGCCAUAUGAUUUGAUUGCAUUGACUACAAAAAUAGUGAACGGGCACACACUGACAGAAACAUUCAUGGAGAAAUUGGGGUGACUGGUAAAGAAGAGACUUUUUAGUGUGGCUUCUUCUUUGUUGUUUUGAUGACAUUGUUGUUUUUGGUAUGACCUUUCUUGCAAACAUUUUGUCUGGAGUGUGAUUGACUUUAAAAAGGCAGGGUUGAUAAAAAAUGACCUUGAUUGAG